AUGGAAUUUGGUGUGGUGGUAGGUGGAAGACUGAACCCUUCCCCCCAGCCCAUCUGCCAGGCCAAGGCAGUCAACCUAAGAGAAACACUUGUUAGUCAGGGGGUCGUCCCAGUCACGCUGACCGGGCCUUGGUGGUCGUUGCGUGAAGGCGGCAGCUCAGGAGGUGGUGGUGGGCUGGGGACAGUGGCAGGCCUAGGGGUGGGGGCAUGGCCGUGGGGGGGCCGCAUCCCGUCCUCCACCCUGCACCGGGACAGGCGCUGGGGCUGGGGGUCCUGGGGCGGGGGUUCAUCCAGGGGAGCUCCCAGACUGUCCGAGCUCAGGCCGUGGCUGAGCGGAGGGGCAGUCGCAGCGGCAGGAGGCGGAGGUAGUACUGGGGGAGGAGGCGGGACGGAGAAAGGAGGCAGGGUGAGAUGUUCACGCAGGCUCUGGGUUCUCCUUGGCUCGCUGGUUCUAGUCUUUCUCACCUCACUGUUCUUCUCCGUGUCACUCCGUGGGGGUGUCGGCUUCAACUACCUGGAGCCGCCUGGGUGGGAGGAGUCGAGGCGGGUGAAGUUAGUGCCGAGCUACGUGGGCGCACACAGGCUUUCACCACCCGACACCACGCAGCAGAAGACCUGUGCCUGCCCACGCUGUGUCGGAGACCCCGGCGUUUCUGAUUGGUUCGAUGAGAACUACGACCCGGACAUCUCACCUGUGUGGACCAGAGACAACGUCCAGCUGCCCUCUGAUGUCUACUACUGGUGGGUGAUGUUACAGCCCCAGUUUAAGCCCCACAGCAUCCAGCAGGUGUUGCUGAGGUUGUUCCAGGUGAUUCCCGGGAGGUCGCCAUACGGCUCGUGGGAUCCGGGACGCUGCCUGCGCUGUGCCGUGGUGGGGAACUCUGGAAACCUCCGCGGGGCCGGAUAUGGGGCGACCAUUGAUGGACACAACUACAUCAUGAGGAUAAACCUGGCCCCCACGGUGGGCUAUGAAGAAGAUGCCGGCAGCCACACCACUCACCACUUCAUGUACCCGGAGAGCGCCAAGAACCUGGCAGCCAACGUCAGCUUCGUCCUGGUUCCGUUUAAAACGCUGGAUCUUGUCUGGAUCACGAGCGCUCUGUCCACGGGCCAGAUUCGAUUUACCUACGCUCCAGUGAAGCAGUUCCUCCGUGUAGAUAAAGACAAGGUCCAGAUCUUCAACCCAGCAUUCUUUAAAUACAUCCAUGACCGCUGGACCAGACAUCAUGGGCGCUACCCCUCCACUGGCAUGCUAGUGCUGUUCUUUGCGCUGCACGUCUGUGACGAGGUGAAUGUGUUUGGGUUCGGAGCAGACAGCCGAGGAAAUUGGCACCACUACUGGGAGCAAAACCGCUACUCUGGAGAGUUCAGGAAGACUGGCGUCCACGACGCCGACUAUGAAGCCCAGAUCAUCCAACGGCUGGCCAAAGCUGGCAAGAUAACUGUAUUCCCUGGGAAAUAACCAGCAAAUCAGCCCAUGUAUCUAAUGUUUCAACACUGCAGGCAACAGACACUAUAGAGGCCGCUUAGAACGUGUUAGAUAUUCUCGCUUUCACUUACCCGCACCGGUUUAGGCUCCCAGUUUGAAGUAAAUGCUUACAGGAAGUGAGACGCAAUGGUCAUGAAAUGGUACCAAACAAUCCUAUUCCAUUUACUUUCCUUCAUAUUCCAGAGGUUGCCCACCAGUGGAGGCUCUGAUUGAAGAACAUGGUGUGUAGACUCUUAGGAACCAGGAACAGAGAACAUCCAAAUGUUCUGCUCACUGUGGACUGAUCUAAAAGUGUCGGUUGAGCCUUAAAUUUGACAAUAGACGUAUUGUCUCUUAGUAGUUUUCAAGGUUUAACCUCUAAUGGCCAGUGCAAGACCACAUAUUGCUUUUCCGGGGGCAGCUUCAACUUAGGGGUGAUAAAGAAGAGAAGGCUGGACGGCAGGAAAACUUAACCAGUCACCACAAAUACAAAUGACCAUGUGCAGCAGAGAGAGAGAGCCAGAGAGGGAGAGAUUUCACAUGCAAGCGUCCCACUUCUGGACUCACCUUGGAUAAGUGUCCAAUCCUCAUCCAUUAACAACAUAUACAGUAUGCUGCACACUGAAAAGGCCACAGAAACAGCACCGUCAGCAUCUGGUAGACUAUUGUUCUACAGCUAUGUGGUGUCUGAAAGUAACAGAGUGGGUAUAAAAGUACAGUUCUUCACCCUCUAAGCACGAGGCACUUUUCUGUAGGCCUGCAGACUAGACUGACACAAACUGUGGAGCUGUCAAAAGCCACUGUGCUGUUGAACAUUUGGAACCCUAGGCCAUGACUUCCUUGAGAAAGAGUUGUUUUUCUUAAGUCCUUUAUGAGGCCAAACCUCACUUUCCACUUUCCACUGUCACAGCCCCACUUUAUGUGAGUUCUCCCUCACAAGACAGCAUUACAAGGACCUUGUCUGACUGAGAUGGCUUGUAAAACGGUUUGGUUGUAAGAUGAAAGGUGAUUGCUGUGAGUUUAUAUCGUUUGACUGUCCUCUAAACCCCUUGGGUCCCCACCAGGCUUAGCAAGGCCUCCACACCUUGCCGCAGACUCACAGAAACGCGAUCAAGACUUUUGCCUUUCAGCCAUUCUGUCGACUCAGAAAGAUCACUGCAGCACGAGCAUGAGCUUCAGCUUCUGUAGAGCCAACUAACCUGGUUUCAAACAUUGUGGCGACCGGAGGCCAAUCUUUCUUCACAGGGACACAGGGAGAAGUGUUGUGGGAGAGUGUUGGUUGGACUGUGUGUGACUCUAAUGAGGCCAAAAGUCCGUCUCCUGGGGUUUCAUGUGUGGAUGGAGGCAUGCUGGUUUUUGGACCGGAGUUUCAUCCCCAUGUGGUCUGUCAGGGUCUAAUUUGGGAGACGAGGAGACAGAGAGCUAGGGCAUGAGGAACCAGUCUGACAGCAGCAGCAUGAGAAACAUUUUGCUCCAGUAUUUUUAAGGGUGAAAAGAAAAGAUGUUGGUUUAUGAACAGAAACUUGUGCUUCUAUACAAACUGUACUGGGUUCACCGCUUUGGUUUUGAAAGGACUGAGACACAAAGGGACCGCGCUCUGUCUCUUUUCCCUUUCACAGACCUGACUCCUGUAUCAGUGAGCAGUGGAGUUAGAGACUGUCAGUGACAUUUCUAUCAGAUUAAGGCUCAUGUAAUGGGGUGAAAGAAAACCCCAACAAACCCCAACUGGAUCUGGGAACUCUUUAACCCGUCAGCAGCUCGGCUUCAUUAACCACUAGCCCUGGUCCCUGCUCAGCCAAUUAAAACUUCAGCUAUGUCUGGAGGGGGUGGAGCCACCAGACGCCUUAGACUCCAUCUCUGUACUGCAUAAACUGCACUUCCUGUUCUGAUUUUAAUGUUAAUGGCAUAUCCCCCUGCAGACUGCAGCAGAUCUCAUUUGUUAGUUUUAUGUACUGUUAAGCUUUGAGUUUACACUUUGGCUGGAUUUAUACUGUCGGCUCAGAUUAGACUUCCACCCAGGUGGCACAUUAAUGGUUUUUAUCAUGAUUUGGUAUCCCCAAACAAUGCCCAUUUACACAUUAAUAGCCUCCAUUGUAAGUUAUUUCUAUCUUUAACAAGGAGGCACAAACAAGUAUCAAUCGUGGAUGUGCAGCCAGACAGUGUUGAAAAAACAGUCAGUGGAAAACAGACAAUGUGUGCCACAGAGAGAAAGGAAAAUAACAGUAUUUGGUUUAACCUGAGGCUGUAAAUCCAUCCAAAGAUGCCAUGACAGAGGUGUUAAUCAAGAAACAGCUGGUGGCUGAUUAAGGAGAGUACUCAGGGUUCCUACGCAGGUCUGGUAAAUUUGGAGAAGUGGUGACUGAAUAAGUCUUUUAAGGUGUGAUAAGUAAUUUUUCCCCUUUACACCAAACACGUAUGCAUGACUUUGAAUGCUUGUUGAUUGGUAUUAAUGACCCAACAGCAACUUUAUGUUAGGCUGAGAGCUCUGGCUUUUAAAACUCACUUCCCAGACUACACUCCAUUUAGGAACAAAUUAGUAUUUAUGUCAGUUACAGGGUACUAAGUAUUUGUUGGAGCUCCAGGAUACACACAAUGUGUUUUGGUGAGUAAGAGUGAAUGUAAACGGAAACUCCACAGAGAAAAAACUCCUUAGCUAUUAUUUAUUAAGAGUUUAACAAAUAAAAUCUGUUUCAUCAGGA